AGGGAGGAUGCCUUCCGUGCACCACGGAACCAUCUUCAUCGGAGCCUUCCUCAUCAUGACCGGGGGCUCCACCGCCUUUAUGGCCAUGACCGAGAGCCGGCUGCAGGCCUUCUCGCUGUGCUGCGUGGUGCUCGGCGUGGUGAUGCUCAUCCUGGGGCUCUCCUGGGCCAUGAACAGCAAGAGCAGCGCCGCCAACUACAACCACCGGGGGGGGGAGUUCGACCCGGAGUGCCCCCACUCCCCCUACGACUACCCCAACUUCGGGGGCCAUGCCCUCUUCACGCCGCCGCCCGGGGGCCGCUUGCCGGAGUCACAGUCGGUGUUCCUGCCGAGGACCAUGGAGCGCCACAGGCAAGGCGCCCGCGUCGAGGACUUUGACUACCCUCCCAUGGAGCCCGGUGGUUUCAGCCCGUCGCCCCGCCCCCCCCUGUGGCAGGAGCCCCCGCCCCCUUACGAGGUCGCCAUCAAGACCACGUCCAGCUCGACGCACCUGCGCCGCGCGUACUCGGACACGCACCUGGCGUCGGAGCCCCUGUUCGGACGGUCGAGGGAGAUCAGCUUCGAGGUGUGA